AUUAUUCGAUCCUAAAAUAUCUAUUAUAUUAAUUCAUAAAAUAGAGUAUUAUAAUAUUUUCCAAGUCGGAGAAUUCUGACUCUGAUACAUCUACUAAGUAAUAAUUAACUAACAUACUUAUCUUAUUAACAAGAGGGAAUAGUGAAACAGUGCAGGGAGAAUUGAAGGAAAGGCGAACUAGGUUACAAUUUUCUUGAGUUACCUUCAUUAUCAUUAAUAGGUUACAAUUUGAUCCAUGUAUUUUUUAAAUGUGAAGAAAUGUUCUUGGUGGGCGGGGUAUUGGUAUGAGUAUGGGGCAGUGGAGGUUAGAACCAUACCCGCCCCAUACACAUCAAACUUUUUGUGAGUUUUAUCCAUACUCGUCCCAUAUCAAGUCUAUGCGGGGAUUCCCUCGUUCAUUGGGUAGGGAACAAUCGAGUACACGCGAUCAUGGGUUUGAUUGUCAUCCCUAAUAUGAGUUUGGUCUAGUGUUAUAGGGUUAUUGUUUCUGGUACUGGUUUUCUCUUCUUUUUUUCGAACGUAUAUCUGGUUUUUAUUCUAGUAGUGGUUUUUAUUAUAUAUGUUGGUACUCAUUCUAUCUUCCCUUCAAAUACAUUGGUACUGGUUUUGUAUUUUUUUUCAAAAUUCAGAUAUAUGAGUUCUUUUAUUAUGAUAUUAUUUAUCAAAUGGAGGUUGGAUUUAUGAAUAGUAAUGGUUUUUGUUUUGUUCACAUAAUAGUACUGCUUUUUUCUAAGGCCUAAUGCCAUAAAAGGGCCCAUAGUUUAGGGUUUGGGUCACUUGUACCCCUAUGUUUAUACCGCGUCACUUAUGUCACAAAGUUUAGAGUCCAUUAACUUACUCCAUUAUAUUUUGACGGUCAACCAUUGCCCGACGACAUAUCAAUAAAAAAUAAUUAUAAUUUGACAAAUUAUUACAGAAUUACUAAGGUAAAAGUAAGUAAAGCAAAAAAGGAAAUAAAAGGUGGCAUGGGGUUUCAAUUUCAUCGACCCCAAUUCUCUCCUUUCCACCUUCGAGAAAAGCUCCCCAACCCUAGUCGCCGCCAGCCAGAAUAUUCAUCGCCGACCAUCCUCCUCGUCAACCCCUUCAGUCGCCCAUUCAAGCACCCCAAGCCCAAGCCCGGUCUUUCAAUCCCUCCCAUCCUCCUCUACUCCUCUGUCGUCGACAAUAGCACUCCCAUCCUUAAGAGGGACCAGAUCCAGAUCGAGCGCUAGGAAGGCACAACCAGAUCGAUUGAGAAAAAUCGAGGUCACGGCGCCGGGAAGCAAAAGCGAGCUCGAGAAAAACCCACAUCCACUGGCGGUUGUCAAAAAUUAUGUGGGAAUUGUUGGUGGCUAGAUUGCCGAAUCUUCACCGAAAACAGAUCGUCUAUUGAAUCCAUAUCGGGCUUCUGAACCCAUCAUCGACGGGUAUUUGCAAGUGGAGGAUGAUCGCGGUGCAACGAUAGUCGCUUGAAGGCUGCUCGUUCUGGGAUGUUGAGCUCUGUCCGGCGGUGGCGCCAGUCGCAAACAGAGAAGAAUGGGGAUGCUGAGAUGGGGUGCGUCGCAGCGGAGGGAGAUGCUGAGAUGGGGGUGCGAUUUCAGGGGACGGUGGGUUUUGGGGAGGGAUGGCGGCAGCUGGGAGGGAUGGGAAAAUGGCAGGAGGGUCGAUGUAGAGAGCGGUGGCCUGUGAUGGCGGGGGUGAAUUUAAAAAAAAAAUAAAAAAAUUGUUUUUUGUCAAAUUGGUGACAUGGCAGACACGUUGGUACAAAGUCAACAAAAUAUUGAUUGUCGUUUGGUUGACCCUUAAGUCUAACGGUCAACAAAAUAUCAGAGGACAUUUUUGACAUGAAGACUUUAAACUUUGGGACAUAAGUGACGCGGUAUAAACAUAGGGGUGCAAGUGACCUAAACCCUAAACUAUGAGCCUUUUUCUGGUAUUAGGCCUUUUUCUAAACUGGUAUUGAUUUUCUCUUUUGCAUUGUUUUCUAUAGUGGUGGUGUUUCAAUUUGGUACUGAUUUUUUCUUAUAUUUUCAUAGUAGUACUGGUUUUGUUUACAUAGUGGUGUUAUUUUCCUCAAUUGGUAUUUUUUUUUGCAAUGGUAUUUGUUCGUUUGAACUGUUACUAGUAUGUCUGUGAGGAGACAGAAGAAUCGAGAAGAAGGUCAGAGGAAGACAGAUAGGUCGCUAGUGAAAGGCAAAGAGGAGAACGAAGAAGCAUAAUUGAGGGAGAGAAUGAAAUUAAUAGAAAUUCAAUUUGUAAUUUCCAAAAUGUAAUUUUUUAAGAAAAAUAAUGGUCGGUACCUUAAAAUGACCUGAACUUUAUACUAAUACAUUAAUUUGUCCAGGAUUUUCUAAAAUCCCCUUAUUGGCCUGCAAUUUACACUAUUUGAACUAUGUUGGCCCUACCUGUGGGUUGACAGUCAAGUUUGAUGACACAAUAUUGACCGACGAUCAACGUGUUAUGUCAUCAUGAAAAUUAUUAAAAAAUUUGAAUUCGAAUACUUUUUAUAUAUUAUUUACAAUUAAAAAAUGAAAAUAAAAUUAUGAAAUAAGAAAAGACCCCUCAAAUAAACACAAACAAAUGAUUUUUUUAUGAAACAAAUUUCUCAAAUCCCUUCCUCUCUACCAUGUCUCCUUACCAUUCACCACCAUCGCCUCUUCCUCAUCCUCCUCCGGUCCUCCCCAUCUAUCUUGUCAUACUACCGUUGGAAUUUGGUUGAACCGGAGUAAUUGGGUCAAACCAAUUUGGGGCUAGAUCGACCAAUAUGACCAGAAGAAUUGUUAGUAAAAUGGCCAGUAAACCCCCUUUUUGGGUUGGUUGCAGUCCCCAUAUCAGUAGUCCCUGCAAUUCUACCAAUAUGACCAUCUAGAACCUUAUUUACUGUACUUCUACAAGGCACAGUGAAUUGUGGUUGCAAAGAACAACAUAAACGUUUAAACCCCAAGUGUUCAACAAUGUUUUGGGGAUACCCAUGCACCAUAAUCAUAGAACACAACUACUUCCUAGACACAUUAGAAUUGAAUUGAGUAGGAGAUAAGAGGGGUUUUCCAGAUGGUUUAUAAUCAAGACCAAGAACUCUUUGUCUACCAUCAUGUAUCUUUCUUUGGGUACAAGUUUUAUAAUAGUUCCUCUUCCACAGGAGGGAGAUUCCAUUACUAGUAUCACCACCUAGUCAUUUUUUGCAGUAUCUACACUUAGCUUUAAUUUCCCCAUUAAACUUCACCCUAACAA